CUGACUGGGAUUUGCUUUUGGCUUGGAACGACCCUGCAGGCCGGGGGUGCAUUGGUCAUCGUGUGGGAUUCUACCUACUGAGCUCAUAUUUUUAUACCAUUAUCCCUCUUACCUGCUGCUGGCAGCGUGUUUAACCAGGGCAGGACUUCCUUAAAGUUUUAAACCAGAGGAACCGGAUUCACUCUGAGGACUCAGAGGUCAUCCCACUGACCAACUGUGAGGCCAUGUACCAGGCAGCUGUCUCCAAGCGAGCAGACAACACCAUCCCCAGCGGGGUCAUGGAGGAGUCGGAGGUCUGUUCCCUGCCUGGGGGACUUGCCAGUGUAAGGAGACAAUUUGAAGCCCAGGAAAUUGCAACAUCACACAAUGUUACCCAGUUUCAUUUUCAACACAGAACUGUACAGGAAAUGUCUAACACGGAGGUGACUGUGUCGAGUGGCAGCAGGCAGGUCCUCCCAGGCAGUCAGCAGCUAAAUUCCAACCAAGAAAUGAUGAUGUCUUACAGUGAUAACACCUUCGCAUCCAGCUAUGAAAACCAUCAAAAUGAAGACGAGUUUCCCAGAUACACUACAAAAGAACUGAGAGAUCACUUUGAGAGAACAAUAGAGGAAGCUGCGCCACACAAACCAGUUAGGAUUGGUCACCAUGACAUCAAUCGAUCUAAGUGGUCAUCACAUGUUACACAAAACAACGUGGUGACUAGUGAGGUGUGUGAAGCAUCAGCUACAGCAGCAACACAAGACACCACAGCUGCAGUGAUGGAUUAUGAUGACUUUCCACCCCCGCCAACUGAUGAUUCUGACUACCUUCCACCCCCACCUCCAGACUUACUGCAAAUGCCAUCUGAGAGUCAACAUAUUCCAGCAUGUGAUUACUCACUUGAGCCUCAAGAAGCACCAAACCCCUCCAAAUACCCCCUCAGUAAAGAAGCAUACUUCAAACAGAGGAGCAUGUCUGAGCUGAAACGUCUCUACAAGCAUAUUCAUCCAGAAGUUCGGAAAAAUAUUGAGAAAGAGCUCCUCACUGACUUUAAUGAAACUGAAAACAACCACGUCGAGAGUCAAGAGUACAUGUAUGAGGAGGACGGUGACAGCCCAAAUGAUAUGAAUCCAGAUGAAGAAUACGGGGAAUGGGAAGAGAUUCUACCUGGAGAGGUGCAAACGAUGCGUUGGAUGUUUGAAAAUAAGCCAUUGGAUACCAUCAAGGAUGAAACUCUGGAUGAAGAUGACAACAAGAAAAUAACUCAACAGGAGGUAAUUCUUGGAAAGGAUGUGCGACGCACUGCUUGGAUGUUUGAGACUAAGCCCAUGGAUGAGCUGGGCUCUCAAGAUAUGAGCUCUACAGAAUAUAAAAAUAAAUUCAAUAAGUUUAACAAAGGAGAUGUGCGUGCUGCAGCCUGGCUAUUUGAAACUCAGACCAUGGACAGCCUAAACAAAAUGCAUAAAGAGGAGGAUUUAACAAAAGAGAUUGUUUUCACGGAGGAGGAUGAAAAUGCUACCAUUUACAUGAUUGACAAUAAGUACAUGGAAAGUUUAGGACACACUGAGACCAUUGAUGAGAGCCACCUCCUGAUCCUAAGGUCAGUGUUAGAGGAAAUUAAUGGAGAGGUGAAAACAGUAACAAGUACUUUUGACACUCAGUUUAAAUGCAUCCUCAUGGGACAGUCGAGCCAGAUGCUAGAGAUUAAAUCUGUGCGUAAAAUUGAGACUGAACUGGAGAAUUCCAUUGCUUCACGUUGGCUUUUUGACACCCAGCCCCUGGACAUAACAAACACUGAAUCCUCAUCUUACAAGCUUGUUUGUAGUCUCUCCAUGGAGGACAGCAAUAAGGGAGACUGGGGCAGGUGGUUGUUUGAGAUAAAGACAUUAAAUUCUCUCACCGAUUGGGAAAGCUCACAAAUGGAGAAGAAAGAGAUUGUUGGAGCUGAUGUGCGCAAACACUGCCUGGUGUUUGAAACUCAGCCAAUGGAUUCUCUGAAAGAUGAUUCAAAUGCCAGACCUCAGUCUAUGGAAGAAAUUAUUGGGGGCAAUGUUAGAUCUGCAAGAAACUUUUUUGAAAGCAGCCCUCAAGUAGCCAGGAAGAAUUGCCCUGAGGUUGGAAAACUUAAAAAGGCAACAGUAAAUGAAGACAUGAAGGGAGAUGUGAGACACCAAAAGUGGCGCUUUGAGAGUCAGCCUUUAGAGCACAUAAGAGAAGAGAAGAAAGAGGUCACUCGUACGGUGAAUGUUGAGGACGACCUCACACAGGAGGAUGGCACAAGCUGCAAGGCAGAUGUUCGAAAGAACUGUUGGGUUUUUGAGACACAGCCAAUGGAUACAUUAAAAGAUGAUUCAAACACUCCAACCUUAACAAAAGAGGAAAUAAUUGCAGGUAAUGUGAAAUCUGCAAGACAUUAUUUUGAAACGGCUACACCUGAUGAGAUUAAGGAGCUUGCUGAGGUUGGCAAACUGAAGAAAACUGUAGCACUUGAGGAGGAGAGAGGUGAUGUCAGACAUCAGAGAUGGAGGUUUGAGAGCCAACCCCUGGAACAGAUCAGAGAGGAAAAGAAGGAAGUCAUCCGCACAAUCGACCUGGAAGAAAUUGACAAAGUAGAUGUUUUAAACUACAAGCAAAUCUUUGAAACUUCAGCAUUAAACAAAAUAGAUGAAUCACAAAAAAUACUGAUAGAGGGUGUAACAUCUGGCUCUGUGCAAUCAAAUAAAAAUCUGUUCGAGUCUUCUCAGCUUUAUGCAAUGCAGGACAGCUCAGGACACUUCCAUGAGGUAAAAACAGUUCGCCGGGAAGAGGUUGUAAAAGGAGAUGUAACAACAUGCAAAUGGAUGUUUGAAACCCGGCCAAUAGACCAGUUUGAUGAAAGCAUUACAAAAUACCAAAUUAUCAAGGGUAUAUCCAAAGAAGAAAUUGAAUCUGGUGACGUUAAAACAGCCAAAUGGUUGUUUGAAACACAGCCCCUGGAUGCUAUUAAGUAUUUCAGCAAUAUAGAAGAUGAGGAAAUGGUAGCGACUCGUCGAAGCUAUGAUGAAACCAUGAAAGGUGAUGUGAAAACCUGCAAAUGGUUAUUUGAGACAAAACCGAUGGACAUUCUGUAUGAGAGAGCAGACUUAAAAGGUGAAAAUGAAUUGGAACAAAUGCCCAAGGGAGAUGUGAAAACUUGCACAUGGCUUUUUGAGACACAAGCACUUGAUACCAUUCAUGAUGAGACUGAGACUGUCAUGAAAACUUGCACUGUGAAUCAGGAGGAUAUUAGAGGGAAAGAUGUGAGGACGGCCUGUUUCCUUUUUGAGACAGAAAAACUUGAAAACCUUUCUGGGGAGGAGGCUGGCUCUUUUAAGCGCAUCACUGAGAUAGAUAUUGGAUCUGGAGAUGUGUCAAGGAUGAAGUACAUUUUUGAAAACCAGACAUCUGAUAUCAUGACCUCUACAUCUGAGGAAGCCAUGCAAAACCUCAAGAAAGUUCAGACAGAGGACAUUCAGAAAGGAAAUGUGGUGAACUGCAAAUGGCUCUUUGAAAACCAGUCUAUAGACACAAUACAUGACAGCCAGGAGGAAUCAAUCAGCAACCGCACUGUGUAUGAUGUACAAGGUGGAAAUGUAAAUCAGGGUCGCUUCAUAUUUGAGACAUACUCUUUGGAUAAAAUUCAGGAGGUUUCAUCCGAGACUGAUACAGAGCUGAAAAGACAAAAAAUUGUCCGUGAAGAGGAUGAGAAGGGCGAUGUGAGGAAUUACACCAUGAUGUUUGAAACUCAGCCUCUGUAUGCCAUUCAGGAUAAAGAGGGUCACUACCAUGAGGUCACCACAGUCACAAGUGAGGAAGUAACGCAUGGAGAUGUAGUCGGAACUCGGUGGUUGUUUGAAACCAAGCCCCUAGAUGCCAUCAAAGACACAGAUGAAGUGUAUAUAAUCAAAUCUGUCACGCAACAGGAUGUGCAAAAAGGAGAUGUCACAUCUGCCAAGUGGAAAUUUGAGACGCAGCCUCUUGAUAGGAUUGCUGAAGAAAGAAAGGCUUUGAUAAAAACAGUGGAUGAUAUUCAAGGCGGCAAUGUUAGAAUGAAUAAACAUCGUUUUGAAUCUGACGCCCUGUCUGCAGAAUCUGUCAAAACAGUUAAUGUGAGUGAAAUACAAAAAGGUGACGUCAGGACAGCAAAGUGGAGAUUUGAAACCCAGUCUAUUGACAAAAUAAGAAGCAUGAGCUCUGAAAAUCUGAUUGAAACUGUUCAAAAAGAGGAUGUUGCAAAAGGAGAUGUCAAACAUUCAGUCUGGCUCUUUGAGAAAAAUCCUCUUGACCAUAUUAAGGAAACCGAUGAAGAGGUGGAUACUACUGUCACUCAAGAGGAAAUUCCCAAAGCAGAUGUAAAGACAACAACAUGGCUCUUUGAAACAACACCUUUUGAUGACUUUAAUGAGUCAAAAAUGGAGAAGACAGAGAUAAUAGGCAAGAGUGUCAAAGGAACUCUUGAGGAACUUUACAGCCAACAGAUGGUGAAGUCAAAGGGAAUACUAAUUGAAGCAGAUGAAAUUGGCGAUGUUAGGAUGGCAAAAUACCAGCUAAUGAAUCAACAAGCUCCAGAGAUUCAACGAGAAGACAUCAUCAGGGGAGAUCUGCAGACAAUCAUGAUGAACCUGCUGAACAGAAACGAAAGACAGGAGCGCCAGGUUGUCAUAGACUCAGAAGAGAAGGGUAACAUCAGUUCAACAGUUCAGCAGCUCCUCAACCAGGAGAGAGACAGCAGUAUUGAAAGGGAGGAAAUAUUACGUGGUGACAUUCAGGAAGCUAUAAACAAGCUUUUCCAAGAGGGCAGGUCAGCAAAACAUGGAAUACUCAUUCAGGAGGAUGAAAAAGGAGACGUACAGAUGACAUUAUACUCCCUCCUAAAUAAACAAGAGGCUGCCUCUGUUGAAAAAGAGGACAUUGUUAGAGGUGAUAUAAAAAGUGCUCUCCAAAAACUAUCAAGUGCAGACAAACUCAGUCAGUCUGUGAAGAUAAAAGUAGAUGAGACAGAAAAAGGACACGUCAGUUUUUACUCCACAUGUAUUGAGUCUGGGUCUCUCGACUAUCUCAAACAGCUCCAUGUAGAACCAGAUGAAACAGCAGAAAAAGUAGAAAAAGAAAGGAUCGUCGGAGGUGACAUUAAAGGUACAAAACUCAUCCUCAGUCAAAGUCAAGCACAAAUUGAGCGCACGGUGGAAGAUGUCAUACCUGGAGAUGUUCACAAUGCUGUUAAAGUCUUCAUGUCAGAACCGAGCAUCUCAUUAGAAAAACUACAAAAGGAGGAAAUAGUUAAAGGUGAUUUAAGAGCUGCUUUGAGCUCAUUGUCUGAGUCAGCGAAUCAGUCAGUUGUUGUAGAAAAAGAAGAGGUGGUGAAAGGCAACAUACCAAAAGCUCUGCGGUGUCUUGAGAGGGCUCAAAGGCGCUAUAAGGAGGUAGAGAAGCCAGAUAUCAUACCAGGGAAUAUUAGAGGUGCCCUGAGAUCCCUCGAGAAAUCAGCAACCUCCAGAACUGAAGCAGUUGUUGAGGACUUAGUUCCUGGUGAUGUUAAGGCAACUCUCAAAUCUCUGGAGCUAGCAAAGCAAGCAGUGAAGGAAGUUGAAAAGGAAGAAAUUGUGAGAGGGGAUAUUCAUAUGGCAAUGCAAAAUCUUCAAGAUGCAUCUAGUGAACGGAAGAAGUUCCAGCAAGAAAUUGAUGUUCAGGGUGACGUAAGGGGAACAAUCCAGCUCUUCAUGGAACCUCCACCAUCACCAAGAUUGCAAAGGAGCGCAAGUUUGGAGGGUGAUGUAAAAGGUGAUGUCAAGAUGUCGAUCAGGUCAUUGUAUGAGUCUCAGGAGCAAACCCAGCUGGAGAAAGAAGAAGUGAUAAAGGGUGACGUUAAAGGCACUAUUAAAUCACUGCUAGAAACAGCACAACGUCAAACUCCCAAAGUCAGACUCGGUGCUUACAGAAGAGUGAAGGUGAAGCAGAGCCCUCCGGUUAAAAACUUAAAUCCUGACACACAGAGAAACAUACAAAAGAUAAAAACAGCUAAUGUGACUGAAACAUCAAAAGAAAAUCACACCAUCACUAAAGAAUGUGAAACUAAAUCAGAAGUGGUGGAGCAGUCAGCUCAUCAGACCAAGACGGUGGUGGAGCACAGAACCAUAACCCAAAACCAUGGAAUAAAAACACUGAAGACUGAGUUCCGUAAUCUAAAGUCAAAUCCAAAGGGCAUGAUAAAACUCGAUAAAACUAAAGUACAAACUGAUGUUUACAUUAUGAAGCCUCAAGCCCCAGAGCCUGACCUGCCCCUCCCACCACCACCUCCAGCUCUAGUAGAUACUGACCUUCUUCCUCCUCCUCCCACUCCUCCUCCUCCUCCUCCAUCUGCUGAUUCUGACAUUGAUCACCUUCCUCCUCCACCACCUCCACUUCCCAGCGAGCAGGACUUCCUCCCCCCUCCUCCCUCUCCGCAUGAACUGGAGAAUAUGCCAGCACAGGCAGCUCAUCCUUCACCAGGGAGAGCAAAGAAGAUGACGGUCAAAAAAGUAAAAGGUCCUAAUCUACACCCAGUCCCGAAGCUGGAGCAUAAAGUAGAAAUCAAUAAAACACAAACAGCGGAGGUAACAUCAGGAAAAAUGGUACAAAUGAGUCAGAACCAAUCAAAAACAAUGACACAGACAACAAAAACAGUUAGAAGCGAAAUCCCUGCACCACCUGAAUCACCACAGCCAUUAAAGAAAGUUCAUAUCAUGCCUGUAAAAUUCACUCCGCCGCCCUCUCCUCCUCCCUCCACGAAAGGGAAAAUGACUAAAUUUAACACACCACUGAUACAAGCAGAGGGAAAGUAUCGGAAGCUAAGGGAGGAAAACACACCACCAACCACUCCAACUCCCACAUAUAUACACGACUCAGUCACUGCUGCUCUUGAAGUGAUUUCCACCAGAGAUUCAGAUCUGUUAAAUAACAGUGGAUCAGAUGUAACACGGCAGAAGGAUAAAAAGGCAGCAUUAACUGUGCCCUCAGACUCCCCAUCAUGCGAAUUAUCCAAGCAUGCUGUAGUCUCAGACAGCUCCAAAAGCAAUGCCAUUGUCAGUGCCAAUCAAGAGAAAUUCCUCCAAGAUUCAACAGUUAUUUCCUCCAAACAGCAAAUGGUUUCUAAUGACAGUUCUAAGGUGGUCUCUAUUCAAAAGACUUCAUCUGUUGCAGUUGUUAAGAAAGAGAUGCAUACAGCCACUCAGAAAACAGUCUCUGUUUCCUCCAAACAAUCCACUCAGUCUGUCAUGGCUGACAGAGUCCAGGGCCAGAUCACUGACGGUGCAAAAAUAGAAUACAUGACAAGUGCUGGAAAGAAAGAAUUAAUGAAUCAGAAGACAAAGGACUGGGACAAAUCUGAAGCUGAAAUGCUUAAAUCUUCACAGAAAAUCUCUGCUCAAACAGUAAACCCUGAUACUGCUCUUACAACUGUGCAGAGUGUAAAUUUCAAUAAAGUACAAACUGAGAACAAGACAAUCAAAGAUAAAACAGUGGUAGAAUUGGCUGCUCAAAGAGAAGAAAAGGCACCAAAAUCACAACAGCAUGAGAACAAGAAGAAAAGUGAUCAUUCUCUGACCAAGAGCCCAGAAAAGGUUUCCAAUCAACCAGUGCAAACAGACAAACCCGUAAAUGGAAAUGGAAAAAACGGCAAGCAGAACCACAAGGCCAAAAAGAACAACAAGCAAGAAAAGCAAGUAGAUAUAAAAGUAUCCAGUGAGAAUGAGAAACAGGGUAUUUGUGUAGAUUUAAAAGAAGAGGUAAAGGAAGCUACAGAGGUGAAAGUGAUCAGUGAAGUUAAGACGGAGUCAAAACAGGAGGUGAAGAAGGUUAGUCCAUCUCGUUCUGCCAACGGUGCUUCUGUGAGCUCAACUUCAGAAAGUCAAACACCAGCAAAGAAGAAAAAGAAGAACAAAAAAUCCAAAGGUGUGGUGCAGUCAGGCCAAGGAAAAGAGAUCUGCAUAGAAUCAAAAAUGGAGGUUAUAGAAAACAAAAAGUCAACAUCUGAAACUCAAAUUCAGGAAACAAUUUCUGUCGCCCAAGUUCACACAAGUGUAAAACAAGAGCAGAUUCACAUCAAGAAAGAAGUCUUUACCCAGGAGAGCAAAGACAAUCAGAAUUCCCAUGAACUAAAAGUUGUUCAAAAGGAUGUGAAGGGAUCUGUGACGAAAAAAGAAGUCUCAGUGUCGCAGGAACCCCCAGAAGACAGCAGGGUUGUCCCAAUUACAGUAACAGGCAAAUCAGAGCAAAGUGAACUGUUCAAGUCCGCAACAGGAAGAUCAGAUGGAUCUCAGAGGCAGCAGGUCCAAUUGUUAAUCUCUCACAUCAUGGAUUUACAAAGAGUUUCAGAAAAAUCUGACUGGAAAUCUGUGAAGACUCUGCUUAAUACGGUUCCAGACUGGCUCAUAAGCCCAGAGACAAAAUGUGAAUUAGAGCAAACUGUGGCCAAAAGUGAUGCACAAAAAAAUGAGGAAAUUCUUUCACAUUUGAUGAAAGUAGCAGAGAGUAAACUCAUGGAUCUGGAAGAUAAUGAGACAAUGGAGAAACAUGAGUGUGAGGCGGUUUCUGAGAAAGCUGUUGCAGGUGGAGCGUCACCGAGAAUAUCAAAGAUCAGCAUUGGUUCUGCAAAAGUAGAAUAUCAAACAAAGAAAACAACCACACAGGAGAGAAGAAAAGAAGAAGUAAGUUAUGUUAAAUCUAUGGACCUUCGUGCACCUUCACCCUUACUGAAGAUGCGUUCUCCUUCACCCUCAUUUAUCACCAUCGAAUCCACCCGGAGAACUGACUCACCCCAGAGAGUUACUCCAUCGCCCACCCUGCUGCACAGGCCACCCACACCUCCAACACCACCACCACGCAGGUGUGACACCCCAUCACGCAUGACUAGAAUCACACCAUCUCCCACCUUCGACAGGGCUGAAAAUCUGGCUCGACUUAAAGACACAACAGCCAAGCUGUCGCGUGGUGUCACCCCACCACCAAUUCUCUCUCAGCAGCAAAUCUCAGAGAAGAAAUCAGAGAUAGUCGAAUCUCCUCCAUCGUUCCAUCGGCAAAUCAAAAUUGACACCCAGGUUGUGGAGGAUAAAGAAAAAACUAAAAAGAAGGUAGAUGUAAAAUUAACAUCUGAUCCAGAGUGUUUCAAUCUAACUGAAGUACAAAAUAAGUCUGACUCUCACCUGCCUUCAUGUGAAAAUGACCCAGAUGAUCUGGACGAUACUGAGGAGUUGUCAUCUGCAUCUGUAAGAGAAAAGAGAGAGUUUUUUGAAGAGGCUCAAAAGGCUGGAAUUAAUAAGACUUAUGUACGCAAGGAGCCGAUUGCUAUUCCUGAACGUUUGGGCCCAGACAUGGAAGAAUGCGUUGCAGAAAGUAAGAACAAAGAAAAGGAUGAGAUUCCCCGAGCAGACCUGUCUAGUCUUGUAAACAAAUUUGAAUCAGCAGAAGAGAAAACAUAUAUCAGAAAAGAGCUUAUCCCACCAGCAGGGCGGCUUCACAAUAGCUCCGAAAGCACAGAGUGUGACAAAGAGAAAGCGGACAUCCUAGAACAGGAAAUGCCAACUUUUGACAUCCAGGCUAUUAAAAAUGUUUUUGAACUCGGAGAGCAAAGUUCUUUAUUCACAGAUGAGAAAAAGGAUGAGGAGGAGCUUGUGUCAAGCCUGACUGAAACAACAGCAGACACUUCAAAGAGGGAAAAGUCUCAAGAGAAAAAAGGAGGCUCACGGCAGAGCACCCCCCUUCCUCCUCAGAAAAAUGAAGUAGAAAGUGUGCCAGCUGAACCAGCAGCCAUCUCUCAAGCCAAAUCAAUCACAGAACAUUUCUCAAAUGUUGAUGAGUUUGGUAACAAGGUCACUGGAACAAGGACAACUGUCACUGAGCACUCCGAGAGCACUCAGCGGGUUCCUUUCUCCUACGCUGAUGCAGUUAAACGAAAAGCAGCGAGGCGAACAGAAACCUACGAUGAAGAAGCGACUGAGAACUUGCUGAGGAAUUUCCACAAAACGUGGACAGAGAGUGAGACAGUUUUCAAGAGUCUUGGCUACACAGUAUCUGAGGAGACAUCACAAGUUAUGUCACAUCAUACGGAGAUUGGCUCAUCUGGCUCGAGUUCCGAAGUCGGAGCUGUGUACAGUAUGUCGGCGGAGAGCUUAUCCGAUGGAUGCGCUGAUAGUGGACAAAAAAAAGUACCAUAAAACCUGUUUCCGCUGUGAGCACUGCAGAAAUACAUUAAGUCUAGGAAAUUACGUAUCUCUCCAUGGACACUUCUACUGUCUACACCAUUACAAACAACUCCUCAAAUCCAAAGGGAACUACGAUAACGAACUUAUGCCGCAACCCCCUGCAGGAAGUGGUGGAUCUGAUGAG